CAUUCCAUUUCCAAACACAAAACUUCUUCUUCACAGCCCUCUUCUCAUCUUCAAAAACCAGUAACAAGUAACAACAACCCUUUCUUUCUCCAUCACUUGCCACUUCCUACUAUUUCUCGACUUCUAGUCUCGUAGCACAAUUGACAACUAAAGUCCUCUCUCUCUCGUCCCGAGUGCCGAAAAUCAUCGUAUAGUAGAAAAGAAAGAAGACCAAAUCACUGCUAGCUUAAGUUCUCUCGUUAUUCGUGACAUUUAAGGUUCAAGAACUUCUCCUACGUUUACAGAAAAUGCAACCCGGUAGUAGUAGUAGCAGAGAAAUGCAAGCCAUGAAUUCCCUCCUUAACCAACAACUCCACGACCUCCAAAACGGCCAACAGCACCACCACCACCACUUCGACUCAACGACGUCGUCCCACGACGACUUCCUCGAACAAAUGCUUUCUUCCAUCUCCAGCUCUUCCUGGCCUGCUCCUGACCUUAUUAAAACCCAGCCCCCCUGGGACCCUUUGUCCUCGGCUGCUGCUUCCCAGACCCCUCUGGGUUCUCUCGAGGACCAGUCGGUUUUGUUGGCUUCUAAGCUCCGGCAGCACCAGAUCGGCGGCGCCAAAGCUUUAAUGCUUCAUCAACAGUUAAUGCUCCCUCGGGGCCUCGCCGGAAAUGGCCUCAGAUCCCCUCCUGGCCCCAACGGCGGCCUCUUGGCCAUGCCGCUGAAUUUGGCCGGUAACGGCGAUCAGAAUGAAGUCAUCGUUGAUGGGUCCCCCUUUAAAUCUGCUAAUCCUGGAAAUGAUGCAUCAGUUCAAGCUCUGUACAACGGAUUUACUGGAUCUCUUGGUCAACCCUCUACUCAGCCUCAGCAUUUUCACCACCCUCAGGGCGGAGCGAUGCAAGCCCAAAAUUUUGGAGCUCAGGCGGCCCAGGCAAUGAACCAGGCCGCGGCAAGCGGUUCAAUGGGAACCGCCGGAGGAGGAGGGAUGGCGGCGGCGCAGCCACGACAGCAGAGAGUGAGGGCCCGGAGAGGACAAGCCACGGAUCCACAUAGCAUUGCUGAAAGAUUACGUAGAGAGAGAAUUGCAGAGAGAAUGAAGGCUCUGCAGGAACUGGUGCCCAAUGCAAACAAGACGGACAAGGCUUCAAUGCUGGACGAGAUCAUCGACUAUGUCAAAUUCCUCCAGCUCCAAGUCAAAGUUCUGAGCAUGAGCAGAUUAGGUGGUGCUGUUGCCCCCCUCGUUGCUGAUAUGUCUUCUGAGGGAGGCGGUGACUGUGGGAAUGGAAGGAGCAGUAACGGAACACAAACGGCGUCAUCAUCUAACAACAACAAUAAUGAUAGCAUGACGGUAACGGAGCACCAGGUGGCUAAGCUAAUGGAAGAGGACAUGGGAUCGGCUAUGCAGUAUCUCCAGGGUAAGGGGCUCUGCCUCAUGCCUAUUUCUCUGGCUACGGCUAUUUCUACGGCCACGUGUCACUCCAGGAAUCCCAUGCAUCCCGGUCUCAACGGCAAUGGCGCUAACAACCCGCUCCUGGGGCUGGGAGGUGGAGCCAACGGUAACGGGGUUGGUGAAGCCGGUGGGCCCUCAUCUCCUAGCAUGUCGGUGUUGACCGUUCAGUCAGCCACGAUGGUUAACGGUGGUGGCGGACCUGGUGGCGAGCCCUCUUCCGUCAAAGACGCGGCUUCCGUUUCCAAGCCUUGAAAGUUGGGAGUCGUAACGGCGUUGACUGUUGACUGACCCUUGUUUAGUGGAGAAAGACUGCACUGUGUUUGAUUCGAAGUUUGAAACUCUCGUCGACGGCCGUCAAGUCUACCCAAAUGCGUAAGCAGCACGACGCCGUAUUUGGAUGGACUUGGCACGAGGAAGCGAAGCUUAACUUGAAGCUAACAAAAGUACAGAAGGACAGAUCCAUCUAAAAUUCCAAAUGAAUUCCUUUUUCUUUUCUCUUUUAAUAUUUUUUUUAUAAGUUCAUGCAACUUAUUGAGAAUUAUGUCUUUUCUUUUUUUCUUUACAUUAAAUAUUGGUAUGAUCAUGUGCUGGGCUUUUUUCCUAA